AUGCCGACGAAACGCAAGCGCGACAUUGAGGAUUUUGAUCCCAACAAGUCGGAUUCCGAUGACGAAAACUUCGAGCCUGGCGCAGAUGCACCUCCUACCCGCACCAAGAAGCGAUCGCGCGGGCCCAGGAAUCAAAGGAGCUCUGGUGGCAGGCGACGCAACAACCGAUACCGUGGAUCAGACAUCGAGGACGAUGACGAAGAUGACGUCUCCGAUAGCCAGGACGAGGGCUCGUUCGUUUCGGAAGAGGAGGAAGAAGUCGAGGAUGCACCUGUCAAUGCUGCCGGUCGCCGUGCAAGAAAGGCCGCCACGAAGCACAACAGCUACAAGGAGAGCGACGAUGACGAAUCCGACAUUGCCGAAGAAUCAGAUGAUGUGCUCUCUGAGAAUAUGCAAAAGCCCAAGAAGAAGGACAGCUUGAUGAUUAAGCUCAAGGUGCCCAAGUCCGCCUCGAAGUCUGCUCCUGCAGCAACAAUCACCAGGCGAUCAACCCGUGCUCGCACAGAAGAGCUUGGGGAAGAACUCGUCGAGUUGACUAAUUCCGGCAGACGCUCACGCCCUGCCUCGCGGUCCAGGAGCCCCGAGGCCUUGGCCAGAACUCGGUCUUCCCGCUCGAUCAAGGGACUUAAGAAGGGCCCCGAGACUAUCGAAGAGGCGACCCAGGAGAGCAGCGGCCCCCGCGAGGACGACGUCGAUAUUGACGAGUUGGCCGCCAACGUUCAGGUUGCGGCUUCAGAGGUCAAGGAUACCGAGAUGGAGGAUGUCAAGGAGUCGACCGAGCAGGUGAAAGACGACGGUGUUGCAGCCGAUGAUGACGACGACGAAGAUGAGGGACCAAUCACGCGGCGGACUCGGGCUAAGAGAGGAAGUCACUCCGCAGCUGGGACCGCUGAGCCGGACGUCGAUGCCGACGCUGAGGGCGAGGCCGAAGACGAUGGUCCCAAGCGACGCCUGACUCGCCGCAACGGGCUUCGAAAGUCAAAAUCCGUUCAAGAGCCGAGUAGCGAUUUCGAGCCCGGUGAAGAGUCGGCAGAGGAGGAGGCCCACAUGUCCGAGUCGCCCAAGAAGGAUUCUGGCGACGGUGACGACGGCGAUUUCGACAGCCCGGCUCCGCGCGGGAGGGCCGCCAAGCCCAAGGGUCGAUCCACCCGGAGCUCGCGCCGAGGCGCCGAGUCAGCCGAGGAAGUCGAGCUAGACCAGGAUGAGUUGGCCGAGGAACUUCACGAACUCCGACAAGACUCGCGCUCACGUCGCACUCGACGACCUUCGCCCGCCAUCAUCUACCAGGAAACUGUUUCAAAGCGUCGCAGAGCCGCCGCGAAGCCGAUGAACUACUUUAUGCCGCCCCUUUCCGCCGUCAACAUUGAAGAGGAUGACGCCGAAGACCCUGCCCCGACGCCUGCACGCCGUCGCGGGGGCCGCGGAGGUGCAACUCAGGCAUGGGAUCGCGCCCUGAACACGACCUUCGGCCCCUUCGGAGGAGGCGGCGGUGCCGGGUCACUGCUUACUGGACCUUGGGGUGCAGGUGCUGCGGGAGGCGUUGAUUCUGACAGCAGUGACGACGAGAUGGGCCAGCGCUCAGGUGCGGCUGGUAACGUCGGCAUGACACCCACUUCCGCGGCCGCUCCAGCCGGGCUUCUGCCGGGUCUCGCACAGCCCUUGGGCGGAGAUGCGGGCGUCGGUGCCACACCGAACGUCGGCAAGAUCAAGAACCAGAAGGCUCUGGCAGACGCCGACCCCCUUGGCGUGGAUCUGACUGUCGACUUCAACCACGUCGGUGGUCUCCAAGGCCACAUUGACCAACUCAAGGAAAUGGUCCAGCUCCCCCUUCUCUACCCAGAGCUCUUCCAGAAGUUCCACGUCACGCCGCCCCGAGGUGUUCUUUUCCACGGUCCACCUGGUACUGGUAAAACUCUCCUUGCUCGAGCCCUUGCCAACUCUGUCGGCAUCGGCGGUCGCAAAAUCACCUUCUACAUGAGAAAGGGCGCCGAUGCCCUGAGCAAAUGGGUUGGUGAGGCCGAAAAGCAGCUGCGUCUGCUUUUCGAAGAAGCCAGAAGGACACAGCCGAGUAUCAUCUUCUUUGAUGAAAUCGACGGAUUGGCGCCUGUACGCUCCAGUAAACAGGAGCAGAUUCAUGCCUCCAUCGUAUCAACACUCUUGGCCCUGAUGGACGGUAUGGACGGUCGUGGGCAGGUCAUUGUGAUCGGUGCCACCAAUCGUCCGGACAACAUUGACCCGGCCCUCAGGAGACCUGGCAGAUUUGAUCGCGAGUUUUACUUCCCGCUGCCCGAUGUUGCUGGUCGAAAGUCAAUCCUCGAAAUCCACACCAAGGAUUGGGGACUCUCGGAGCCGUUCAAGCAGCAGCUUGCCGAGAACACCAAGGGCUACGGCGGUGCUGAUCUCCGAGCCCUCUGCACAGAAGCUGCACUGAACGCCAUCCAAAGGACCUACCCCCAGGUCUACUCAUCAAAGGACAAGCUCAUUGUCAACCCGGACAAUAUCAGCAUCCACGCGACAGACUUCAUGCUGUCCAUCAAGAAAAUGGUUCCUUCGUCUGAGAGGUCUGCAGGCACUGGCGCGGCCCCCUUGCCCAAAGGUAUCGGGCCGCUGUUGCGGGACCAGUUCGGGUCGAUCAAGAAGGCGUUGAACGAGGUGCUUCCUCGUAAGAAGAAGCUAACUGCGCUGGAAGAAGCCAUGUUCGAGCAAUUCGAGGACGAGGACCAAGGUUUCGGACGGGAGGCUCUGCACCAAGAGUUUGAGCGUUCCCGCAUCUUCCGUCCCCGGCUCUUGAUCCAUGGCUUUUCGGGCAUGGGCCAGAGUUAUUUGUCGUCUGCUCUGCUGCACUAUUUCGAAGGCGUGCAGGUUCAGAACUUUGGCCUUCCCAACUUGCUUGGUGACGGACGGCCCAUGGAACAGGUGAUCGUCAGCCUCUUUACUGAGGUCAAGAGACACAAGCCUAGCGUCAUCUAUAUCCCCGGCAUCGACUCCUGGUAUGCCGCCAUGAGGGAUACGUUGCCUUUCAUCACCUUCAAGGCGAUGCUCAAGUCCAUCCCGCCCACAGAUCCCAUCUUGGUGCUUGCCACUGCGGAGUAUGAGGCAGGGGAGGAUCUCGCCCCGGAGCUUGUGCGGGAACUGUUCGCCUUCUCUCGCAAGAACCGGCUGCAGAUUGAGCGGCCGAAGCAUUCUAACCGGCGAGAAUACUUCUCCGCCAUUGUCGAGCAUGUCCGGAAGAGUCCAGCCGACUUCCCUGAUCCUGCCAAUCGAAAGAUGAGAGUUUUGGAUCAGCUACCAGUCGCUCCACCGCCGCCACCAAGGGUACCCACCAAGGAGGAAGUCAAGGCUAUGCAGAAGCGCGACCAUCAACUACUCAACAUUCUGAAGGUGCAACUGCAGCCAAUCAUGGACCAAAUCAACAGGAAGUACAAGAAGUUCAGACAGCCUGUGAUAACUCCUGGCCAACUGGAAUACCUGUUCCUCGAAAAGGACCCCAAUUAUGUUCGCCCCGACGUCAUGGGCGCCGAGCAUCGUCCUUUCGAGAUCGUCAAGGACAAGCACGGUGAUGACGUGCUGCGCGAGACAGCCACUGGCAAGACAUUUUAUAACCUUGAAACAACGACAAUCGAGGAGCGGUUGUCGAAUGGCUUCUAUUGCCGACCCAAGGACUUCCUUAAAGACAUAAAAUCUCUUGCCAAGGACUCCAAGAACAUUGGGGACAAAGAGAGGACUCUCAAAGCGAACGAGCUCGUCAGCAAUGUCGAGGUCGACGUCGCCACCAUCGAGGGCAACACGAGCACCGUGGACUGGGAGGCGUUGCACCAGAGACAACUUCAGCGUGCCAAGGCGGCAGCCGAGAAGGAGCGGAAGAGGAAAGCCUUGCAGUCCGUUGUCGAUCGCGUGCAGACCGACAUAACCGGCGGCAACGACAGCGACUCUCAGGGCCCCGUCACGCUGGGUGAGCGCAUUCCCGGGUCGGCCCAUGCCUUGGCCCGCUUCCAGGUCAUGAGCCCGGGACCCGGCGGCGCUUCCGAGGCCCAGCAGCAAAGCAACGGGGUAUCAAACCCUUCGCGGCAGAGUGACGUGCACAUGAGCGGGACGGACGACGACACGACACAAGAUAGCUCUAUGCAGCCGCCGUCUCAAUGGCCGCCGCAAGCGAACCCGUCAACAGGAAUUACCCAGGUGUCCCAGAGGUCCGUUGUCACGACGGUCCCCCCAGGCAUGUCACCUUCUGCAAUUGUGAACGACGCUUCAACCACCAAAACGUCGGAUCCCUCCGAGAGAUCGACAGACAAGUGGAGCACACAGGCAACGAACGGGUUCCAUCCAGACCAGUUUAGCCAGGGUGAUAACUCGCAGCUGCAAGACACGCAGAUACCCACCGGAAUGGGGCAAGUGAGUCAAGCCACUUCCAGCGAUGAUGCUUGGCCACACUCCCAAGCCCACGGUAUGGCGCGCGGAGUCAUCCGCCCUCCCGGCAGUCAAACGUCAUCUCCCAGCAAGUCGAGAAGCUCAGGCGACUCUAAGCAUGCUAUGCCUUUGGUCAACAUUCUAAACGAAUCCACAAACGACGAUAUCCGUAACUCGGGCUCGUCAUCCUCGCAGCAGCAGCCUGUCAUCCAUGAGGGCCAGGUCGAACAAUUUCUCGACGAACUGACCGAGAGGACCUCGGGCUGCACCAUCGAGCAGCUUGAGCAGAUCAAUCGCGAGCUCAUGGACGAGAUCUGGAACACGAGACACGAGUGGAACCGUAUGAAGGUUCUCAGCGACCUGACGAACGUGUUCAACGAGACAAUCAGCGACAUCGAGAGCAUCCAAGGGCUGUUCCAGCAGAGCCAGGAGUCGUGA